AUGUCAUCGGCAGAUACUCCUAUUAACGUUGUUGAUGAUACUAUUUCAUACAGCAACACAAGCGAAGAUUUAGUGUAUGGCUUAGCAUUCCGCUCAGUUGCCACACAUGAUCCACAUUUAUACCACGAAACAAUUAAGUUUUAUCACAAAUUAGGCUUUUCCACAAUCAAGGUCUAUGAUAAGUUCAAGAACGGCCAGAACUUAUUACUAAGCAACGGUACUUCAAAGGAUUCUUUAAAGGAAACUUGGUUGGAAAGUUUCAAGUUAAGUGAAUUGGACAAAGAUGGAUUUAGAAUUCCUCAACAAGAAGCCAAGCUGGGUCACAAAAGUGACGGUGCUUUGUUGAAGAUUAGAUUAAUUUCAAUAGAAGCCAGCAAAUCCAUUAAUGUUAACACCAGUUCUAUUUCCUACUUCAGUGCUGCAUUGGAAAAGCAAGCAAGUUUGUUGUCUGCUCUACCAAAGUCCAAAAAAAUUAGCAACGAUCUUUACGAAGUCGUUGACCCAUUGGAUAAUGUUGUUUACUUGACUAAUUCGGUUAACGGUGUGACCAAUGAAAAGUUAUCUGAGGAUUAUUUCUUACAUCCAAAUGUUCCUUCUCCUAGCUCUUCAGGUAGUUCGGAAGACGUGAAGCAAGCUGCUUCCGUUUUAUUAAACAAAAAUGCUCCUAAAAAGAAGAAGAUAGCUGUUAUGACCUCUGGUGGUGAUUCUCCAGGUAUGAAUGCCUCUGUCAGAGCAGUUGUUCGUGCUGGUAUUUAUUAUGGUUGUGAUGUAUAUGCGGUUUAUGAAGGUUACAAGGGGUUGUUAGAAGGUGGCUCUUUAUUGAAAAAGAUGGAGUGGAGCGAUGUUAGAGGGUACUUGAGUGAAGGUGGUACUCUUAUUGGUACUGCCCGUUGUAUGGAAUUUAGGGAGAGAUGGGGACGUAAGCAAGCUGCUAAAAAUUUGAUUACUGAAGGUAUUGAUGCUUUAGUUGUCUGUGGUGGUGAUGGUUCAUUGACUGGUGCCGAUUUGUUUAGACAUGAAUGGCCAUCUUUAUUGGAAGAGCUAGUUAGUGACAAAGUUUUCACCGAACAAGAUAUCGAACCAUACAAACAUUUGAACAUUGUUGGUUUGGUUGGUUCUAUCGACAACGAUAUGAGUGGUACUGAUUCUACAAUUGGUGCCUUUAGUGCUUUGGAAAGAAUUAUAGAGAUGGUUGAUUACAUUGACGAAACAGCUAAAUCUCAUUCUAGAGCCUUUGUUGUUGAAGUGAUGGGUAGACAUUGUGGUUGGUUGGCUUUGAUGGCUGGUAUUGCCACUGGUGCUGAUUAUAUCUUUAUUCCAGAAAGAGCACCUAAAUGCGGUGAGUGGCAAAAGGAGUUGAAGGAGGUUUGUCAAAGACACAGAGACAAGGGGAGAAGAAACAAUACUGUUAUUGUUGCUGAAGGUGCUAUUGAUGAUCAAUUGAACCCUAUUACCAGUGAAAAUGUCAAAGAUGUGUUGGUCGAGAUGGGACUGGACACCAGAGUCACCAUUUUGGGACAUGUUCAAAGAGGUGGUACUGCAGUUGCCCACGACAGAUGGUUGGGUACUAUGCAAGGUGUCGAAGCUGUCAAGGCUAUUCUGGAAAUGACACCAGAGACACCAUCGCCAUUGAUUGGUAUCAGGGAAAACAAGAUUAUCACAAUGCCAUUGGUUGAGAGUGUUAAGUUGACCAAGGAGGUUGCUUCUUCUAUUGAUAAUAAGGACUUUGACAAGGCCAUUUCUUUGAGAGAUAGUGAAUUUAUUGAAUUGUAUGAAGACUUUAUCGCCACUACUGUCAAGGAUGGGGAUUCUCAAUUGUUGCCUGAAAAUGAAAGAUUGAACAUAGCUGUUGUUCAUGUUGGUGCACCAACAGCUGCUUUGAAUGCUGCCACCAGGGCUGCUACAUUGUACUGUUUGACAAAGGGUCACACAGUGUACGGUAUAUUAAACGGUUUCAGUGGUUUAAUUACGACUGGUGAUGUCACUGAAUUGAAGUGGGAAGAUGUUGAAAACUGGCAUAAUCUAGGUGGUAGUGAGUUAGGUACCAAUAGAUCAACACCAUCAGAAGACUUAGGUACAGUUGCUUAUCACUUUCAAAAAAAUAAAUUUGACGGGUGUAUUAUCAUUGGUGGGUUUGAAGGUUAUGUUUCAUUGAAACAGUUGCAUGAUGCUAGAACAAACUACCCAAUCUUCAAUAUUCCAAUUGUUUUAAUCCCAAGUACUAUAUCCAAUAACGUUCCAGGUACCGAGUACUCUUUGGGUACGGAUACUUGUCUAAACGCUUUGGUUAACUAUACCGAUACUGUUAAGCAAAGUGCCAGUGCCACAAGAAAGAGAGCCUUUGUUGUUGAGGUUCAAGGUGGACACAGUGGUUAUAUAGCCUCAUAUACCGGGUUGGUUAGCGGUGCUGUUUCUGUUUAUACACCAGAAAAGAAGUUGAACUUGUCUUAUAUUGAAGAAGAUAUCAAGUUGUUGAAAGAAAAUUUCAAACAUGACCAAGGUGAAAACAAGAGCGGUAAGAUUUUGAUUAGAAAUGAAUUAGCUAGCAAAGUCUAUACUACUGAGUUGAUUGGAGAUAUCAUUGACGAAAACAGUGGAGGUGUGUUUGGGGUUAGAACAGCUAUUCCCGGACAUGUUCAACAAGGUGGUAAGCCAAGUAGUAAAGAUAGAAUUGUCUCUGCUAGGUUUGCUAUUAAGUGUGUUAAAUUUAUUGAGGAAUGUAACAGAAGUGCUAACAAAGCCGCUGCUGGAGAAGUUACUGACUCUCAAAUAUUAAGAUUCCAUUAUACUAACAAGGGUGUUAAGAUAUAUAAUGUGGAGAACGAAGACGGCACGGCUGCAGUUAUCUCAGUGAAUGGGUCGCACGUUACUUUCAAGCCAAUCUCUAUUGUUUGGGAUAAGGAAACUAAUGUUGAAUUAAGAAAAGGUGACGUGAUCCACUGGGAAGAGUUCAAUACAAUUGGAGACAUUUUAUCCGGUAGAUUGAUGCUUAGAAAAGAGCUAGAUGCAGAAUCUUCUUGA